UGGAUCCAUGACCCGAAGAGGCUUAACCUGUCAAUUCGGAAACCUUUGUCUAGCAAACGAUCACAUUCCGUAACCGCGCCGAAGUAGGGUUUGCUCUGUCUUGCCGAUAUAUGCCACAGAUCACCGGCGACCAACAGCUUUGGACAAUUCCUGUAAUUUUUAGGUGUGCUUAUAGAGAUGGCGGAGGAGAAUCCAUCCAACUUGAAGGAUGAGAUUACCGAGCUUGCCUCGUUCGAUCCUUCUAAGAAAAAGAAGAAGAAGAAGGUGAUAAUCCAAGAUCCUAAUGAGGAAGUGGACAAGCUAGUUGAGAAUACUGAAAAUUUAUCAGUUGCUGAUACACCGGAGCCUAACUUUGCUGGUAUGAAGAAAAAGAAGAAGAAACCGGUGGAAACUGACUUCUUGAUUGAUGACGAGAAUGCUGAUGAUGGGGCGGAUGCUGAAUAUGAUCAAAUUGGUGAGGAUGAUGAAGGGGAGGGAAUUGUGCUUGCAAGUGUAAGAUAUCCUUGGGAAGGCACAGUUCGAGAUUAUAAAUAUGAUGAGCUUUUGGAUAGAGUUUUCAAUAUCUUGCGAGAAAAUAAUCCUGAUCUUGCUGGAGACCGGCGCCGAACAGUUAUGAGGCCACCACAGGUUCUUAGGGAAGGAACUAAGAAGACGGUAUUUGUUAACUUCAUGGACCUAUGCAAGACGAUGCAUAGACAGCCAGAACAUGUGAUGAUGUUCUUACUUGCCGAAAUGGGAACUAGUGGAUCCCUCGACGGGCAACAAAGAUUGGUUGUAAAGGGGAGGUUUGCUCCCAAAAAUUUUGAGGGUAUUCUGAGAAGAUAUGUCAAUGAAUAUGUCAUAUGCAAUGGAUGCAAAAGCCCAGACACGAUACUCUCUAAAGAGAACCGUUUGUUCUUUCUGCGUUGUGAGCAGUGUGGUUCUUCUCGAUCAGUUGCUACAAUCAAGGCUGGCUUUGUUGCCCGUGUUGGCCGCCGUAGAGCUGGUGCUUGAUUCACUGCAGACUGCUUUGAUAGCAUCAUCUCCUUCGCGGUGAAUUUUUCCGAGUAUUAUAGAGCUGAUUCGACAUUUGAGCUUCUCUUUCUCCAAGGUUUUUGUGCUUUAUUACUCCUCUUUUUUUUAUCUUACAAUUUGAAUUCACGCCAAGAGCUGUUGAAUUCUUCAAUGCUGAUUGCUAAAUUACAAAAUUACUCUUUGUAUGAUACCUUAUUUUAUUACUUUUAUAUUAAGAGAUUUAUUCAUUUAAUGAAAUAGAUAAUAGAUUUUAGCUUUUU